GCAAUUACAGAAUUUCAAAAAAGCUUGCUUACAGAGCAAUUAAGAAAAACGGAGAGCUGAGAGAGAGAGAGAAAGAGAGAAACUGAGAGAGAGAAACCGUCGCUGUUAAGGUCAAACCCAACAAACCCUCACCAAUAAUCAUCAUUUUCUCUCUCCCUUUUUCUCCAUCGGAUGCUUUUUCCGAUCGCUAUUACUCUGCCGCCGGCGCCGUCGGACCUCUGCUUCCCGGUGACUCCCCGUUGGUCAUGAAGAAUACCAACCACAAGCCUAAGAAUAAUGGCUUCAUCCCCAAUUCUCUUCGAUUCAUUUCCUCUUGCAUAAAGACAGCCUCCACCGGCGUUCGCUCCGCUGGCGCUUCUGUCGCCGCUUCUAUCUCCGGCGAUCCCGACGAGCGUAAAGACCAGGUACUAUGUGCCUGCUUUGACAGACUAGAGCUUGGUCCAUCUAAUUUCAAACAUGUUCUGUUACUUGGCUACUCCAAUGGUUUUCAAGUCCUUGAUGUUGAAGAUUCCUCUAAUGUCAGUGAACUGGUUUCAAGGCGCGAUGAUCCAGUUACAUUCUUACAGAUGCAGCCCAUUCCUGCCAAGUCCGAGGGUCGUGAAGGAUUCAGAGCAUCACAUCCUUUACUCUUGGUUGUCGCAGGUGAUGAAACAAAGGGCUUAGGGCCAAUUCAAAGUGUUAGAGAUGGGCCUGUCAGAGAUGGCUAUAUUGAGCCUCAAGCAGGAAACAUUGUCAAUUCUCCUACAGCUGUUCGGUUUUAUUCAUUGAGGUCUCACAAUUAUGUGCACGUCCUGAGGUUCCGAUCAACUGUAUAUAUGGUUAGAUGCAGUCCCCGAAUAGUGGCAGUUGGUCUUGCAACACAAAUAUACUGCUUUGAUGCUCUCACUCUUGAGAAUAAAUUCAGUGUCCUCACUUAUCCUGUUCCUCAGUUGGGAGGUCAAGGAUUGGCUGGGGUUAACAUUGGCUAUGGUCCAAUGGAUGUUGGUUUAAGGUGGUUGGCUUAUGCUUCCAACAACCCACUGUUAUCAAACAUGGGCCGCCUUAGCCCACAAAGUCUUACUCCUUCUCCAGGUGUCAGUCCAUCAACUUCUCCCAGCAGUGGAAGUCUGGUGGCUCGGUAUGCUAUGGAAUCUAGUAAGCAGUUGGCUGCGGGUAUAAUUAAUUUGGGGGACAUGGGUUACAAAACUCUAUCUAAAUACUGUCAAGAGCUUCGGCCAGAUGGGUCUAGUUCUCCUGUAUCAUCACAUUCAAGCUGGAAAGUAGGAAGGGUUGCAUCACAUUCAAAUGAAACAGAUAGCGCUGGAAUGGUUGUUGUUAAAGAUUUUGUUUCCAGAGCUGUUGUAUCACAAUUUAGGGCUCAUACUAGUCCGAUUUCUGCCCUAUGUUUUGAUCCUAGUGGCACACUUCUGGUUACUGCCUCUAUACAUGGGAACAAUAUAAAUAUCUUUCGGAUUAUGCCAUCCUGCUCACAAAAUGCAUCAGGUUAUGAUUGGAAUGCUUCACAUGUACACCUUUACAAGCUCCAUCGUGGCAUGACAUCAGCUGUGAUACAGGAUAUUUGUUUUAGCCGUUAUAGUCAGUGGAUAGCUAUUGUUUCAUCCAAAGGGACUUGCCAUAUCUUUGUUCUAUCACCUUUUGGUGGCGAAAGUGGUCUUCAGAUACAAAAUUCUCAUGUCCGUUCCUCCCUCUUGCCAGUUCUAUCUCUACCAUGGUGGUCUACUUCAUCUUUCAUGAUAAACCAGCAAUCUUUUUCUCCACCUCCUCCACAAACUAUUACCCUGUCUGUAGUUAGCAGGAUAAAAAACUCUGGGUGGCUGAAUUCAGUGAGCAAUGUGGCAUCUUCUGCAGCUGGAAAGGUCUCUGUACCAUCUGGUGCUGUUGCUGCUGUUUUUCACAGUUCUGUACCUCAUGAUAUGCUACCUGCUCAUUUAAAAGUCAAUGCUUUGGAGCACCUCUUGGUUUAUACUCCUUCAGGUCAUGUAAUCCAAUAUGAACUUUUGCCAUCAAUGGGGGGAGGAGAGCCAAGCGAGACUGCUUCAGGAACUGGGUCAGGUUCUUUAGUGCAGGUACAAGAUGAGGAGUUACGGGUCAAAGUUGAACCUGUUCAAUGGUGGGAUGUUUGCCGAGGAAUGGCUUGGCCUGAAAGAGAGGAAUGUAUUGCUGGGAUUAUGCAUGGCAGGCAAGAAACUGUGGUAAUGGAUACUUCUGAUUGUGAAGAUAAUGAUACUGGAGAAAUGGAUUUGGUCAAGCCCCAUGAACGGUUGCAUUGGUACCUUUCCAAUGCGGAGGUGCAGAUUAGAUCUGGGCGGAUACCAAUUUGGCAAAAGUCUAAGAUAUAUUUCUUUACUAUGGACCCUCUGGCGUCUGAUGAAUGCAAUUUCACUAAAGAUACUGGUGGAGAGAUUGAAAUCGAGAAGGUUCCUGUUCAAGAGGUUGAAAUAAAACGGAAGGACUUGCUUCCUGUUUUUGACCAUUUCCAUAGGAUUCAAUCUGAUUGGAGUGAAAGGGACCUUAGUCGUGGAAUAUCUCCAAGUUCAUCUUCUGAACCUCAUGGUGCAAAAGAGAAGUUCUCAGAAGGUGUGGCUAAUCCCCAAUCUAAGCUCGUUGUGCCUGGAUCAGUUGGAAACACGGAUGGUGGUCCGCCAAGCAAAGAUGAGACUCCAUGUGAUUUAAAUCAAAUGAAUACCGUGAAAACCAGUUCACACAUUAUCCAAACUGUGAAAGAGAAUGGAGUGAAAAGUGGGAGUGGUAUUUUAGCACCAUCCCUGCCAAAUCAUGGCCCCUUUAACAGAGAUAGUGUUUCAGGUUCUCCCAAACAAAUGAUGGGCAUUUCUCCCAUCGAAGACAGUUAUUUUGUAAAUAGUAUAUCCUCUAUCAAAAAUGGUUCACUUUCUUCUGCAAGGACUAUUGCUAAAGAAGUUGAGUCCUCAGAUAGUGUUGGAACCAGUGAAGCUUCAAACACAAGUUCUAAUCGUUCUGAUUCAAGCAUGAACAUUCUUGAUGAGGGGCCAGUAGAACCAUUAUAUUUUGGGCAGUAUUUUCAAGAGGGGUAUUGUAAAGCAUCGACUCUUGAUGAAUGCCGUGAAUUAACUGAAGUUACUGAUGUGGACAGCGGCAGUAGUCCCUGUGACAGGGAGAAAUCCGAGGAAGAUGAGAACAAUGAUGACAUGCUCGGAGGUGUAUUUGCCUUCUCUGAAGAAGCUUGAUGUGUAGCUUCGUUCCUGUAUCUAAAAAUGUGCUGAACUUAUUACAUCUCCCCACAUGUUUCUCUCAACCUUGUAGAAAGGUUGGUGAGGGGCUAGCCAAAAUGAAGGGUGUGGAUCCAGUUCGACCGAAAGUGCAGGGCAGAGGUUGACCGAUGAAGGGUGUGAAUCUUGUUGGAUACAAAUUGCAGGCUACUGUCAUUUCAACUAUCAAUUCGCUACUGACUGAUUGAUACAAGAAUGUGAGGUGUAAACCUUGGCCCAUCCUAGUGUUGCCAGACCAAAUGCCUGGUUUCUUCCUUUCUAAUUCUGGUGUACAUUUGUAGAUUGGAAUUCAUAAUACAAAUGAUUUGUGUGACAUGUUCUUUCUA